AUGAAUACCACAACCUCUCGUAGAAUCAUCAGCAAACUCGUGGCCUUGAAUCAUCAAGCUUCUUCCGUAAGCCUCUUAUUACGGAGAGGUAUGGCUUUACAAGCAGGAUUUAAGAAUUAUCAUCCGUUAAGAAGAAGCAACGAUUUUAAAUUCAAUAAGCUAAUUUCUUUUGAAAACAAUCAACAUCAAAUGAGAAUGUAUAGCCGUAAAUCCCACAUGAAAACAGCCUUGUUCUUGGAAACUUAUCUUCAUGAAGCUUUUAUUGCUAGUAUUGAAGAUUUAAUCACCAAGCUUGAUACGAAUAAUGCUCAUUCAUUGGAUUGGCAUGAAUUCCAUGCUCAGUUUGAAGCUUUGAGAGCCACAUUAAAAGCACAAUCUAAGCUAGAAGAUUUAGGAUAUGUACCAGCAAUUCAUGAAUUUAUUUCCGAAAAUGCAGGUAAAGACAAUGUGCAAUUAAAGAAUUUGCUUGACUUGAAGACUAGUCAUAUUCUUGAGCAUCAGGUGAUUAAUCAUAUUGAGAAUGAUAUCAAGCAUCAUCAACAUCAUCAAGGAGUGAAUCAUAAUAAGAUUAUGGAGAUGAAGAAGCAUCUUUUCGAAUUAAGAAACAUUGUCGAAGAACAUUUCCAAAAGAAAGAAGCAAUUUUCAAUCCUGUGAGCGAACAAUACCUUUCAAAGGAAGAAUUGAAAAGAAUUCCAGAGCUUGCUUUCAGUAAGCUACUGGAGAGAGAUGAACGUGCUCAUGAACUCUUGCAUUACUACUCUGUCACCAAAAAUUCUUUGGACUUGACUGAAGCCAUGAUCCGUGAAAUUUUGAUUGCUCGUCUCAACGAUUCCAAAGCUGCCGACGUAUUGAUUGAGCUCAAAAAGCACACACCUCAAGAAGUAUGGCUACAAAUGACUGCAAGAAUUCCAGAGUUAAACGACCUUUAA